AUGUCUGGACGACUCAUGGUGGAGCAGCCUUCAGCCGUUGAAUUCGCAAAUUUGUUGGCACACAUUUGCACAGGAAAUUCCCAGCCGCCUGACAAACCGGAAGCUUUGCUGGAACCUUCUUGGGCUUUUUUAAAGGCAAACAGAAGUGGAGAUGAUAUUGGAUUGGUAGCCGAACUGUUACAAUACAUUCCCGACGAUUUGCUGGAGGAUUUGCUGGUGCUUUACAACGGUGUUUUGAGAGAAGGGUGCGUGCCACACAGUUGGGAUGGGCCGCCAGACCCUCUCCCACUCCAGACUGCUCCUCGCUCCUGGGUCUACGUGCCUUUGCUGCACGAUGCGGCCGGGGCGUCUUCCGACGCAGCGCAGGCCGCCUGGCGCGCGCAUGCCGCCUUCGGUCCGGUAUGGGGACAGUGGGGCGACUCCCUUUGCACCCUCGCGUUCGCGGUCGAAGCCCUCGCCCGGGCGGAUGGCUACUUGGCCCCUGCGGUUCAAGAGGCACUGUUGUGCGUCUAUGGCGGUGACCGCCUGGCGUCCGAGAUCGCCGAGGGCGCGCGCCACCUUUGCGCGCCUCCCGCCCCGGUGCCUCCCACGGACCGUGGAGCGGCCCCUGCCCCUGAGGCGGAUGUUCUCAGGGCGCUUCGCGCCGCGCUGCAUGCAGGGCUCGCCCGAAUACGGGACGACCCUGACUCCCCGGCCGGCUGGGGCCUGUUCCUCCUCGCGCCCCGCAUGCUGCUCUUCCGUCGUCGUGGCGAGACCCGUGUCGCCCGCGACGCCUUGGAGGAACGGGCAGCACUCCUCGCGCGCGGUGCCUACGCCGACCUCCUAGACCAGGCUGCCGCCGCUGCCGCCUUGGCCCCCGUGGCCAGCCCUGCACCACGAGGUGACUGCCUGGAGAGGCGGGCUGCGCGGGCUGCUGCCCUGGCCCACAUGGGUGAACUGUCCGCCGCGGCCGCCGCGCUCACCGCUCCAGCCCUCGCGCCGGCCACUGCAGCGACCCUUGCCGAGCUCCGCGACCCUGCCCGGCGGCCACCCAGCCCUCAGGUCCCGCUGCCGGCCCCGCCCGCGCUCGGACGCGAGACGGCGGGCUUUGGUGUCGACCACGCUCGGCUCCUUGCCAACCUCCGCCGCGGUCGCCGCGGUGCUGCCCCGGGCCUUUCUGGCUGCACGCCAGAGCACCUCCGCGUCCUGCUGGACGACGCGGAGUCUCUCGACCUGCUGUGCUUUGCCGCCGACCGCUUGGCCCGGGCCGAGGUGCCCCCCGAGGCCCUCGCGGCCCUGCGCCUGGGGCGCUUGGUCGCCCUCCAAAAGCCGGCGGGCGGCGUCCGCGGUCUUUUGGCCGCCGAGCUUGGGGCACCGGGCCUGCCCGGCACGCAAGCCGCCCGCCUGGCCGCGGCCGCGCUGCACACCCCUGGAUGGGCGCCGCCAUCAUGGGUCGCGCUCGCGAGUGGCCUGGAUUCCGGAGCCGGCGCUAGUUUCGGCGACCCCACCCGCGGUUGGCAGCGCGCCGCCACCGCCGCCUUGGACAGACAAGCCCUUGAGGUGCACUUCUCUGUGCUCGAUCCUGCAUCUCGGGCCCUGCUUCUGUCCCAAGGCGGCGCAGGCGGCGCGGCGGCCUUGACGCCUGGGGCCGCCGCAGCCGACGCCGCUGCGCGCAAGCGCCGCGAGACUUACCCCGAAUUUGCUCAGGCUCCCCGCGCCCGGCUCGCCGUCCUCGCCCUUGAGACCGGCGGCCGGCGGGGUGACGACUGUGAGCACUUCCUCCGGGUCCUCGCGGCCGGUCGUGCGCAAGCGGCCCCACCGUGGCAGCGUCCCGGCCUUCGCGCCGCCCUGCACCAUCGCUGGGGGAGCCUCCUCUCCCUGGCGGCGCAGGGCAGCCUGGCCACCACGCUGCUGGAACUUCCGGAGUAG